CGCCAGGCCUUCUGACUCCUACUCCAAGGCUCUCAGUGUGUGCUGGCGAGACUUACACUUGUGAAAUCUGAUUGUCCUGAAGGAUGGCGUGCCUUCUUGGUUCAUUGCAGAGAGUUUCUGCAGGGGUUUUCUUCUUAGCCUUUUGGGGCUCAGUUGCAGGUGACAAGCUGCUGGUGGCACCUCAGGAUGGAAGCCACUGGCUUAGUAUGAAUGACAUAGUUGAGGCCCUCAGUGACAGGGGACAUGAAAUUGUGUUGCUGGUGUCAGAAGUCAAUCUGCUUUUAAGAGAAUCCAAAUACUACACAAGAAAAAUCUAUCCUGUGCCUUAUGACCAAGAAGAAAUGGAAUACCGCUACCGCUCCUUUGGAAACAAUCACUUUGCUGAGAGAUCAUUCCUGACUGCUGCUCAGACAGAGUAUAGGAAUAAUAUGAUUGUAAUUGACAUGUAUUUCAUCAACUGCCAGAGCCUCCUGAAGGACCGUGCCACCCUGAAUUUCCUCAAGGAGAGCAAGUUCGAUGCUCUUUUCACAGACCCGGCCUUACCCUGUGGAGUGAUCCUGGCGGAAUACCUGGGCCUGCCCUCUGUGUACCUCUUCAGGGGCUUCCCGUGCUCCCUGGAGUACGCAUUCACCAGAAGCCCAAACCCCGUGUCCUAUGUUCCCAGGUUCUACACAGCAUUCACAGACCACAUGACUUUCCCCCAACGGGUGGCCAACUUCCUGGCUGAUUUGUUGCAGAACUAUCUGUUUCAUUGUCUGUAUUCAAAGUACAAAGACCUGGCCUUGGAUGUCCUCAAGAGAGAUGUUCAUGUAUCCACCUUAUAUCAGAAUGUCUCCGUGUGGCUGUUGAGAUACGACUUUGUGUUUGAGUAUCCCAGGCCGGUGAUGCCCAACAUGGUCUUCAUUGGAGGGAUCAACUGCAAGAAAACCAGAGACCUGUCUCAGACAUUGUUUUUAGAGACUCUGUCUUCUCUCACUCAUUUGGUUCCUUGUGCCGAGUGUCACUUGGGAGAUUUGUCUGGAGCAAUGGUGGCAGGAAGGGAGCUGGGCUCAGGGUAG